AUCCUUUUGAGACUCCAUGUUGAAAUUGUGUUACUUUCUCUGUUUUUGCUGCCACACAGAGAUUCUCUCCACUUCCUUUCAAGUCAAAGGAGAUGGGAGAGAAAAACAAAUUGAAAACCAAAAAAAAAAAAAAAAAGUUAAUAAUUUUCUUUUAGGGGAGGUGAGAGGAAGGACACGAGAGAAAAGAGAUGGAGCAUCCCCAGCUCAUGGGCAUAUAUUCCUUUUACAGCCCCACUUAAAAUGUUUCCAGAUAUGGAGUGAGAAUAUAGGACAAAGCCAACUAACUUGUUAAAUUAUAUAAUAUGAACCCACAUCUUCUGCAUAUAUGAAGCAGCAUUCAUAGCUAGAAGAGUUAGAUAUAUACAUACAUUUCUCCAUAAAACCUGAAGAAAUAUGGGUCAUCUUCAAAAUAUGCAAACUCAAGAUAUGAACUUAGUAUUAUCUACUGAUGCAAAGCCUAGGCUUAAAUGGACGCCUGAUCUUCAUCAACGGUUUGUCGAUGCAGUCAAUCAGCUCGGUGGUGCAGACAAGGCAACGCCAAAGGGUCUGAUGCGAGUGAUGGGAAUUCCAGGACUGACUUUGUAUCAUCUCAAGAGUCAUUUACAGAAAUAUAGGCUUGGAAAAGAUAAUCAGCAAUCAGAAACCUGCAGUGAAUCUAAAUCAGAUGGUGCAGAUUACAAAGAAAGCCAUAGCAUGGAUGUGCUUAAUCUUUUCAGCGAGGAAAAGGAAAUAAAUGAUCCAACUCAAGAACAUAUUAAUGAAAAUAUCCAUAUUGCUCAAGCUCUAAAAGUGCAGAUGGAGGUACAGAAGAAACUCCAUGAACAGAUUGAGGUACAAAGGCACUUGCAGUUGCGAAUUGAAGCACAAGGAAAAUAUCUGCAGAAGGUACUGAAGAAAGCAGAGGAGACACUUUCAAGCUACAACUGUUCAACAGCUGGGGUAGAACAUGCGAAAGCCGAACUCUCUCAAUUAGUCUCUAUGGUUAGCAGUUCAUCAUUAUCUGGGCUAACAGAUUUAUCCUUAGAUAAUGUAGCUCAGAAGACACAUAUGGUGAUGAGAAAUGCAGGAUGUUCUGUUGAAAGUUCCUUAACUUCAUCAGAAAGCUCAGAGAGAAGAGAAGAAGAGAAAGAAGAAGAAAAGUUUAUGUUUAUGCUUCCAUUGUUGGAACAAUCAAGAACAAAGGGGUUAAGUUCAAGAAAAAGGAGCAAUAACAACACAAUUUCUGGUGAGAAAACAGGUAGCAAGAGAUCAAAACAAGUGUAUGAAGAAGAUAAAAUGGGGCAUGGGUUGAUAAAGUUUGGACUUUUGGAGACAUUUGAUCUUAAUAGCCAAUGUGAGAAUGACUUAGAUUUAGGUCCAAGGCAACCAAUAGACUUGAACUCUAAGGAAUAGAAAUAUUCUGUGUGCAUCUUUAUUAGGUGCUUUUUAGGGUGGACCAUCAAACUAGAUUGGCCUCCUAUAUAUAAUUUUAGUUUAUUAUAGUGAAUUUUUAUGUGCCAAAAUUAGUGGGUUAUAGGAGAUAAUGUUUGUUUGUAUAUUUUUGGACUUUCUGGCCAACUUUUUAGAGUAUAUACUGAGAACUGGGAAGAGGUAUAUCUUGUAAUGUAAUAGGAGUAUUUGUAUAUAUAAAGUAGCUUACUUUCUUUGUC